ACAGUGAGCAGCAUAUCAGGUGCAGCGGCUAGUAAAUUCAGUUGAGUUUUGAAGGGGUUCUGAAUUUUAGGGUUCUUUCUUUUUGAAACUGUGACUGCUACAAUGGGGAAGAACAAGAAGAUGAUGAUUAAGAAAGAUGGCGAAAGUGACCACUCCCAGUCACAGAACACUGUCUUCGUUACUAAUCUUCCUUACUCAUUCACAAACUCUCAGCUUGAAGAAACGUUUAGUGACAUCGGCCCAAUUCGAAGGUGUUUUAUGGUCGCAAAGAAAGGGUCAUCUGAUCAUAGAGGCUUCGGCUAUGUUCAAUUUGCUGUUACAGAGGAUGCUAACAAUGCUAUUAAGGUAAAAAAUGGAUCUUCUCUUGGAGGUCGGAAAAUUGGGGUAAAGAAUGCUAUGCAUCGUCAGUCACUUGAACAACGUAGAUCAAAAGGAAAGCAGGAUGAUGGAAUGAAAACUGAGAAUGAGAUGAGCAACAUUCCUCCCGCUAUAGAAGAGCAAGAACAAGAACAAGAUUCAGAUCAUCAUGAAACAGUCAAAUCUGAAAAAAUCAAGAUGACGAAUACAAUCAAUAUUCCCGAAAAGCAAGAGCAAGCUUCAGAUCCUUAUCAAACAGUUACAGGCAAAUCUCCAGAUGUCAAGAGGUCAAAGAAAAUCAAAGGUCCUGCAGACAGUGGAGGAAGUGGCUUAGAAAAGCAAGACCAAUCUUCAGAAAAACAAGAGAAAGUUUCAGAGCCUCGAGAAACAGGCAAAUCUGCAAAAGUUAAGGGGUCAAAGAAAAUCAAUGGUCCUGCGGACAGUCCAGGAAGUGUCUUGGAAAAGCAAGAGCAAGCUUCAGAUCCUAAUGAAACAGUUACAGGCAAAUCUGCAAAAGUCAAGAGGUCAAAGAAAAUCAAUGCUUCUGCCGACCAUGGAGAAAGUGGCUCAGAGAAACAAAAGGUUGCGAGGACAGUCAUAUUUGGCGGGAUUCGAGAUUCUGACAUGGCUGAUGAAGUACAUCGUAUGUGUAGAGAGUCUGGUAGUGUGUGCUCCAUAGAUUACCCUCUUCCCACGGAAAUGUUGGAAGCCAAUGGUCUUGCUAGGGAUGGAUGUAGAAUGAAUGCGUCAUCUGUAGUCUAUAAAAGUAUAAAAUCUGCUCAAGCAUGUGUUUUGAACUUGCAUCAAAAAAAGAUAAAUGGAGCACUUGUUUGGGCACGACAACUAGGUGGAGAGGGUUCAAAGACUCAGAAAUGGAAACUUAUUGUGAGAAACCUACCUUUCAAGAUUACUGUGGGUGAGCUCAGAAAUGUUUUCUCCCCAGCAGGAUUUGUAUGGGAUGCAUUUAUUCCGCAAAAGUCUGAGACUGGGUUAUCUAGGGGAUUUGCAUUUUUAAAGUUCACAUCUAAACGCGACGCUGAGAAUGCUAUUAAGGAGCUCAAUGGAAAAAAGGUCCACACCAGAACAAUUGCUGUUGAUUGGGCUAUCCCUAAAAAUAUAUAUGCUGCUGGAACUGAUGCAGCAGCUGCUUCAGAAGAUGGCAGUGAUGAAGAUGAUAGUGGCAGUGAUGACUUGGAACUUGGUGACACAGAUAUCGAUGAAGAAGAUGAGCAGACUGAUGAGGCUAGAGGUCCUGAUGAUUCUGACAUUGAAGAGAAAGAAGAAUCCCAUGAUGGAAUUGAUUUUGAAGAGGAAGUAGAUAUCGCAAGAAAAGUUCUACAAAAUCUGAUAUCAUCCUCGUCAAAAGAAACUCCUAUCACUGAUGAUCCUGCCCUAUCUCGGAAAAAGAAGGAUAAUGGAACUUCUGAUGUUUUAACUAAACCAUUAAAACCAGUUAAAAAUGUACCAAGUACUACAAAAUCGAUUUCCUCCAGUGAUGGAAAACCUAUUGUUACUGGAGCAGUUGAAGGGGAUGAUGAGUUGCAGAAAACCAUUUUCAUUAGCAAUCUUCCUUUUGAUGUUAUUGUUGAUGAAGUGAAGCAAAGGUUUUCAGGAUUUGGAGAAGUGCUGACCUUCAUCCCCGUUCUUCAUCAAAUUACAAAGCGACCUAGAGGAACUGGAUUCUUGAAGUUUAAAACAGUGGAUGCUGCUAAUUCUGCAUUCCAAGCUGCCAAUGUAGAAGCUGGCUUAGGAAUAUUUCUAAGAGGUAGAGAGCUGAAAGUUCUUAGAGCUUUGGACAAGAAAUCAGCUAAGGAUAAGGUAGCAGAAACGGCCAAAAAGGAGGAUCUUGACCACCGUAAUCUUUACCUGGCAAAGGAAGGACUUAUAGUUGAGGGCACCCCGGCAGCUGAAGGUGUCUCAGCUAAUGACAUGUCAAAACGCAAAUCAUUGCAAGAAAAGAAGGCGACGAAGCUGAAAUCUCCAAAUUUUCACGUCUCAAAGACUAGACUUGUCAUGUAUAAUAUUCCCAAGUCAAUGACUGAAAAAGAACUGAAGAAGAUCUUUGUAGAUGCUGUUAUAUCUCGAGCCACAAAGCAAAAGCCACAGAUUCGACAGCUAAAGCUAUUAAAGGAUACUGAAGGGGUGAAAAGUAGUUAUUCACGGGGAGUUGCUUUUGUGGAGUUUGCUGAACAUCAGCAUGCACUUGUAGCUUUGAGGGUUCUUAACAACAAACCUGAUACUUUUGGUUCUGAGCAUCGUCCUAUAUUGGAGUUUGCUAUUGAUAAUAUGCAAACACUGAAGCUUCGCAAUGAAAGGGCUGAAGCUCAAAAACGUGGUCGGGGAGAAGAUACAGGAGUAAACAAUGAGGAAUCCAAUGGCAACAUGAGGAAACGUAAAUUUGGAGACGAGAAGAGUUCAUUUAAAGGAGAGAAUGAAUCUAAUGGAAACAAGAUGAGGAAGGUUAAUGAUCAAAGCCAUGCCCGUUCUUUCGGAGAAUCAGAUGCGAGAGGGAAGAAGAGGAAGCCGCCACAAGGGGUAGAAGAAGAAAGAAACAUGAUGAAAAGAGAGAAGCCACAAGAUUUGACGAAAUUUGAAGAACGAAACAUGAAGAAAAGAGAGAACCGGAAGAAGAGAAAGGAGUCUUCAGACAGAGAUGCCUCCGAUAAACUGGAUUUGCUUAUUGAGCAGUACAAGUCUAAGUUUUCAGGUAAAAGUGGUGGUGAAAAACAAGUAGGAGGAGGGGGUUCUAAACAGCUUAAAAGAUGGUACGAGGCUUAAUAAUCUUUCUUCCCUUUCCGCACCCAGAGUUGUUGAUGUAUGUUGCGGUUUUUCCCAAAGUACAUCAAGAUUUUGUCGAGAAUUAUAUAUAAUAGUUGUUCUCUAGUAUUCAUACUAUUAUUACCUGUUAUGAUUAUUGUAUUUUUGAGAUGACAAGUUU